AUGCUCAGUGGAAAUAUGAUUGAAGGGUUUUUCCCAAACUUAAUGGUGAAGUUUACUGAUAUCGUCUAUGAAUUGAUGAGACUUGGACGCCAUCGACGAAACUGGGACCAUUCGCUGUACAACAAGAGCAUUCGAGUGAUUGUGGAAUACAUGAUUGAAAGGGGAGACCGUCCAUUUCGCAAUAUACUUUUAGGAAAACUCGAACGCUUCUUGAAAUAUAUGGCCUCGACGGUUUGCAGAGUAUUUUUUGAGAGAAGGAUUCAUUUGUUUCUUAAAGAACUUAUGAUACAUGUCGACACCCGAAGAGAAACCAUUUCUCUCCUCAUCAAAGUCUACAUGUUCAAAGAAGUUAGAACGUACGUCACGUAUGUUAGUGCGAUUCCCAAAUACAAUGUAUUGAUUGAUGAGACGAUGGAGGUUUUGGACGGCAUCGAAAACUACACUGUUGAUGCAUUCGAACCUUAUCUUCGACUUAUGAGAGAAACAGAUCUGUGGACCAAUGCUUUCACAUUUUUGGAUUGGCAGAAAGCCCAAGUGAAUCAGAAUGGUGUUUCGAUAGCAUGGCCUGAGAUCGAAUAUGCUCCAAGGCCAAAAAGAAGAAGAAUCGAUAAUUAA